AUGACCCCUGACAGUCCAACGGACCUGAAAAUGCUAUCCGCAUGGGCCACCAUCGGGACCCGCAGCACUUCCAAGUCACUAUCCCCGUACCAGGGCGAGAUAAGGCGCCGGAGAGACCGCGACUUUGACUCCACCUCGACUGAGCUGCCGCCUGAGAGAUCGAUCGACGAACUUACUUCGAGCACCGUGAUCCUCGCCAAGCUUCACGUCGCCACCAGAAUCGGCGCCCAUCUCAGACUUGGUCUGCAGUCCUCAUCCGCUCUCCUACGAGAACGAGAACCUCAUGGCGGCGAAUUCAAAGCUAGACUUGACUUAUGCGACCAUGUCCGAAUCUCUGUUGGACCCUCCAAGUGUCGUAUUCCAGCCCGCAUCGUGGUCAACCGGAAGUUUCUAGGUACGUCGCAGGAUAAAACUGCCAGCAAUCAGCCCUGGGGUAUCGUGAUUGAGGCGGCCUUGGAGAUCCUGCGGCUGCAGCACCGCCUGGCGGAUGAGUCUGACGUCCUGGACCCGUCCCGCCCUACUGGUUAUGGUCGACUCGUGUUGCAUGAACAAUGGAUCGGGGCAUUUAGAGACCAGUCUAACGAAGAUUUGGAAUUUUCCGAUGCGGAGACCCUGCGAGUGACUACAAUUGCCGAGAAGCAUUUUGAGGAAUAAUUAUUCGAGUGCAGAUGUCAUCAGCGUUAAGCCUCCUGCAAAAAUCAGCGAUAGCGUAAUGAUUAGUGAUUGUGUAGUCAUGAAACAAAGGGUUAAGGGGCUGAGAUUCAGGGGAGGCCAGCCCC